GGUCGUUUCAUACUCUGUCGCGACGGAAAGCGAGACGACUCUUUGCGCGCGCAAUGCUAAUCUUCGGACAUAGGGAUCCGACCGAUAAACGAGGCCUCUACGAGAAAAUCCGCGGGCUAUCGAAGGAGGAGGUCGAAAAGGUAGUUAGCGAAUAUUUUGGGCUGAAGGAAGCCCGGUAUGUCGAAACACGGGACUCGAGCCAGGAGGAGGCGGUGAAGACGCCUUGCGUCGUGUUCCUGAUCAUCGGCAAGUUUGAGGUCGGCGGCAAUAGUUGCGAUCUGGCAUACGUAGGGUAUACCGUCAUCGAUGAAACCGAGAUAAAAUUGGCGCAUCACUCAGCCGUCGUCAUCAUGCCGCUGAGUUGAAUCAAGA